AAAUGUUAUUAAAAAUUACCAUUUCAUGAAAAUAUAAAUAUAUGCAUACAUGAUUGGAAAGUAAUUUGUAUACAAUUUAAGUGCGGGAUGAAUAUCUAGAAGACGCCAUAUUUGGGUAGUUUGACAGCUAGGAGAUAAUUGGAUAAAUCCACCGACAUCUUGAUGGUUAAGAGACACUAAACCAAGGGAAAUAUCAGAGAGGUAUUGGGCGACUAUCCAAGAAAUACCAUGGCAUCAGUUCCAGCAAAAGUUGUGCUCAAAAGCACAACAAAAAUCUCUCUUAAUGAUCGCUUCAGCAACAUACAGAAACCGUCUCCUGUCCAACAAAUACGGACCAAAAUGGCAGCCCAGCAGCAAGCUUCCUCUAAGAACAGGCGACUAGCCCAACAGAUGGGGAACAGGCCCAUUGUUCAGGCAGCCUUGAGACUUAAAAAGAGAAGCUUACAACAAAGACUGGGCAACAACAAUGUCAAAUCCAGACUGACGCUACCUCCAAAUAGAGGUGGGCGUGGCAGAGGAGGGCCUGGUGGGCGUGGCGCAAAUACAGGAGGACGUGGAGGGAACCAGAGUGGGCGGCGACCAUGGAGAGGGGGGAGGGGUAGAGGAGGUGGCAGGGAAAGAUUGAACACAUCAGGCAGUGGGGACAACUCACUUGUGGGCAGUCCUACCAGAGGAAGAGGAGGGUUUAGAGGAGGCAGGGGUGCUAGGCGUGGAAGGGGAGCCUUCAGACCACGUGGUGGAGGAUUUGGAGGAAUAAACAGAUAUGAAGAUGGAGGUUUCUUUCCAUUCCGUGGUGAGAGACCUAGAGGACGUGGUUCUCAGAGGGGAUCUUGGAGAUAUCACCAAGACUCUGAGAGAGGUCGUGGAAGAAGAGGAAACAAAAACAAGUGGCGCAGAGGGCGUCCAUGGAUGGACAACAGCGAGUCUGGUGACACGUACCGUGGUAGAGGUGGUUUCCGUGGAAGAAGAGGCACUAGAGGACGUGGAGGUGGGCGAGGUCGCGGAGGAGGGGGCAGAGGUCGUGGAGGCGGAGGUCAAGUUUCUAAAGAGACAUUAGAUAACCAGUUGGAUGCUUACAUGUCUAAAACCAAGGCUCACCUGGAUGCUGAAUUGGAUGCCUACAUGGCCCAGACUGAUGAAAAUAACUGACUUGGUCCCCCAACGAGCUCAGCAAUGAGAAUGUUUCCAGUAGCUGAGGGAGUUAUCUCAUUUCCAGUCACAUCCAAGUUGCAGUGCAUUGUGCACAGUAGCAUUCCAUCAUGUUAGACCGGUUUUUAUGAAGGGGUAGAGGUGUUGUUGGACGUCACAGAGCCAAAGGACAAUGCUUUCUUAUGUUUUAUUCUAGACUAUUACAAACCAGGCUUCAUGUUAAUUAUUACUUAUUUAUUGGUUAUGGAUAGUUUAGGAUAGACAAAACUUUUUAAAACAUCACAUCUUUAGAUAAUACCAUAAAUGUACAUCCAAGACAACACGUUCCAAGUGUGAAUUGUAUUUGGAUGAUUACUCAUCAUGCUGUAAUAAAUAUCAGUUUUUAAAGUA